GUGAAGGUGUUGGCUGCGGAAGUCAGAGUUCGCUGUCCAACCGACAAACUUGUUUACAUUUAAGACAGUUCGAUUGAACGAACACCGGGUGCUGCUCGCAAGAUGGCAGCGACAGCGGCUAUCGCGCUGUCUCCCCAGCAACAACAGCCGCAGGAAGAGCCGGAGCAGCGUGAAGGGGCACCGGAGGAGAGCGAGGCGGAGGUUUUCCUGUCCGGUACUCAUUGCUCGGACCUGGCUUGGCGACAGAAUGAGCAAAGGAAACAGGGCUUGUUCUGUGAUAUGACGCUGGUGUUUGGCGGCGGAACUGGGGGCCGUGAGUUCCCCGCACACCGCUCGGUUCUGGCCGCCGCCACCGAUUAUUUUGCCCCGCUGCUCUCCGGACAGUUUGAGGAGUCCCGCUCUGGGAGGGUGGACAUGAAGUGGAGCUCAGAGCCAGGACCUGACCUGGAAACUGUGGAGGCAGUGAUUCAGUAUAUGUAUAUCGGGCAGAUCAGGGUCUGUACUGGGAACGUACAUGAGGUGCUGGAGCUCUCUGACAGGUUUUUAUUGUUGCGUCUAAAGGAGUUCUGCGGAGAAUUUUUGAAGAAAAAGCUCAACCUUUCCAACUGUGUAGCCAUCCAUAGCUUAGCUCACAUGUACACACUUAACCAACUUGCUCUGAAAUCUGCAGAUAUGAUACGUAGGAACUUUUUCAAAGUCAUCGAGGAUGAUGAGUUCUAUACACUCCCAUUCCAUCUUGUUAGAGAUUGGCUUUCCGAUCCAGAAAUUACUGUGGACUCAGAGGAAAUUCUGUUUGAAGCAAUUGUGAAGUGGGUUCAGAAAAAUUCAGAUGAGAGGGAAAGGUAUUUUGAAGAACUAUUUAAGUUGCUUAGACUGUCUCAAAUGAAACCCACAUACCUGACGCGACAGGUGAAACCAGAGAGGCUGGUGGCUGGUAAUGAAGUCUGCUUAAAGCUGGUAGCUGAAGCUGUAGAAGGGCAUGCUUUGAGAUCAGAAAAUCUACAAUCGGGACAUCUUCAGCCGGUAGCUAAUCACAUGACCUCUUUACCACGGUUUGGUCAAAAUAUGGAUGUAAUUAUGGUGAUUGGAGGUGUUUCAGAAGGAGGGGACUAUUUGAGUGAAUGUGUUGGCUAUUUUAUCCAUGAAGAUCGAUGGGUAAACUUGCCACAUAUUCACAAUCAUCUUGAUGGCCAUGCAGUGAUGGCUACCGAUUGCCAUGUUUAUGUUGCUGGCUCUAUGGAACCUGGGUUUGCCAAGACAGUGGAGAGGUAUAAUCCAAAUAGAAACGUUUGGGAACAAGUUUGCAAUCUAAUUACUCGGAAACAUUCCUUUGGCCUUAUGUCUGUCAAGGGAAAUUUGUAUAGCAUUGGUGGUCAUGGGAACUUCAGUCCAGGGUUUAAGGAUGUCACAGUUUAUGACCCAGAGCAAGACAAGUGGCAAAUCUUAGAGUCUGCACCCAAGAUCCUGCGUGAUGUUAAGGCAGUAAGUGUUGAAGAUCGCUUUGUUUACAUCACUGCUCGCACUCCAGUGGACGGCGAUAAUGAGGAUGGACUUAAAACUAUUAAUUGUAGAUAUGAUAUAGAAAGUAGUAGAUGGCAGGAUGUAGACUCUCUCCCUCUUCUUGAUAAUUACUGUGCAUUCCAGAUGUCUGUGGCCUCCACCAAUUUCUAUAACACCGCUUCCUGUUGUCCCAAGAGCUACUCUGUAUCUGUGGAUGAAGCUCAGAGCAAAAUUUCUAGGCAAACUUCAAGUGAAAUACUUGAAAGCUUGCCUCCUGAGGUCCUUAGCAUAGAAGGUGCAGCUAUUUGUUAUUACAAAGAUGAUGUAUUUAUCAUUGGUGGAUGGAAGAAUAGUGAUGACACAGACAAACAAUACAGGAAAGAGGCAUACCGUUAUUGUUCUGAACGCAAACGCUGGAUGCUUCUUCCACCCAUGCCUCAGCCACGAUGCCGUGCUACAGCCUGUCAUGUAAGGAUCCCCUUCAGAUAUCUUCAUGGGGCCCAGAAAUACCCCAUGCCCCCUAACCUUCUCUGGCAGAAGGAUAGAAUUCGACAGAUGCAGGAAUUGCACCGACAUAAUAUGAACCUACGACGCACACCCCGUUCUCAAAUUGAGUGCUAAAUGCCGUUUGUCAAGCCUUUCCAUUUUUUCUUUGUGGGACCUUAUUUAGAUAUAAUUUGCACAUUCAGAUGUUUUUUUUUUUUUUUCUCAGUUUAAUGUAUAAUAUGUUGUAGAAUGUGUAAUACAUAAUGAAAAAACAUGAGUUGUGAAGAGAUUGUUGAGUGUUAAACACUCCAGUAUGCAUAUUUCUUUUGUAGAAAUGAUUUUGAGACCUGGACCAGCGCAGAUCGAUAACAUUUUUAAUUGCACAAUUCACUGCACGUGGUGUCAGAAGGCACAACAUAGGGGCAAGCACUGCUUUCGAUAAGAUUUUGAUACUGUUAUGAUUUAUUGUUCUAUACGAUGCCUAGCAUGUGAAGUCUAUGUGCUUCUAAGCCCUUCCGUUUGUAUAUGUGUAAAUAGAAAAUUCCAAAGCAGACGGCACUUGAACAGAUGUACAUAUGCCUUAAGAAAGUUUAUCACUUUUUGUUCAUUCCCUUCAUUUUAUUUUUAACCUUAUGUGCAUAGUAUUUUAACAUGUCAUAUUUACAUAUUUUCCCCCUCUUUUGGGGUGUAGAUAUUAUUUUUUUGUCUAAAUUGUCAUGGUAAUAUGUGUAAUUCAUUUGAUUGCUUGUGCUUUGUGAUGGUCUUUCCUCUCAGUACGCACAUUCUUAAACCAUGCUAUACCUGUUUUUGUUUCAGUUGGCAUCUCAAAUUAUAAUGGACAAUUCUUUUUAUUUAUUUUUUACUCCAAUAUCUGAGAUCUUUUCAUAUGUAGGUAUAGGGGUGGACCUCUGUAUGUUGGGUGACUACUGUUACCUGUAUGUUUAAACAUAUGUUUUACAUUACUCCUAUGGUUAUAGAGGGUUAAGUAUUGAGGCAUCUUCCCACUGUAAGUAAGUUAAACCAUUUGACACUAUAUUCCACAGGUGCCUGUAUUUUCAAAAUUGUUAAGAGAUGUUCCUAUCCUAACUUUACAAUAUCAACUUUCUGCAACUUUGAUUUAAAAAGUUUCUAAGAAUUGAUAUUGCUAAUGCGGAAGAUAACAUUUGUUUUAAUGGUAUUUAGAAUACCAAGACCAGAAGCCCUGUGUGCACCUGGUGAAACCGUGUCAGAUCAUUCAAAUACUGUUUGACCAUUGUGGGAUCAUAUCAUGUAAUUACUGGCACCAUAACCAAUACAGCAGGCUGUUGAGUUUAUUGUACAAUUGAAAUGUAUCCGUAGUGCUA